GCGGCGGCGGCGGCGGCGGCGGCGGGGCCCACGGCUCUGGCCUUGGGCGUCGCAGCCGUCCCGGCGGCCGCGAGGGGAGCCGCUGCCGCCUCCGGCCCGUGGGAUCCCCCCGGGCGGCUGAGGGGCAGCCGGCCGCGACCCACGGCAGCAAGGCAGCAGCCUGCGGGUGCGGCGCCGCCGGCCCGGGAGCUCAUCCAGCCGUCGGUGAGCGAGCUGUCCCGGGCCGUGCGGACCAACAUCCUGUGCACGGUGCGCGGCUGCGGCAAGAUCCUGCCCAACAGUCCCGCGCUCAACAUGCACCUGGUCAAGAGCCACCGCCUGCAGGAUGGCAUAGUGAAUCCAACAAUAAGAAAAGAUUUGAAAACUGUACCAAAAUUCUACUGUUGUCCAAUUGAAGGAUGCCCUAGAGGCCCUGACAGACCAUUUUCUCAAUUUUCUCUCGUAAAACAGCACUUUAUGAAAAUGCAUGCUGAAAAGAAGCAUAAAUGUAGUAAGUGCAGCAAUUCAUAUGGCACUGAGUGGGACUUGAAAAGGCAUGCAGAGGAUUGUGGUAAGACCUUCCAGUGCACAUGUGGCUGUCCCUAUGCCAGCAGGACUGCAUUACAGUCCCACAUCUACCGAACUGGCCAUGAGAUCCCUGCAGAACACAGGGAUCCACCUAGUAAGAAAAGGAAAAUGGAAAACUGCCUGCACAACCAGAAGUUGUCCAGUAAGACUGUUGAAUUGCUGAGCAACCAAGCAACCCCAAGACCAGAUGCUCAAGAACUAGAAACUUCAGAAAUAAAGCUAGUGGCUUCGUUUGAAGAUUCUUGCAGCUCUAAUGCCAGAAAGCAGACUCUUCCAACACCUCCAAGGUAUCCUCAGAAGUUGCUUUUACCAAAGCCCAAAGUGGCUUUGGUUAAACUCCCCGUUAUGCAGCUUUCUCCUGUGCCUGUCUUUGUGCCUACAGCCGACUCCUCAGCCCAGCCUGUGGUGUUGGGUGUCGAUCAUCAGGGCUCUGCCCACGGUGCUGUGCACUUACUGCCCUUGUCCGUCGGAACCCUGAUCCUCGGCCUAGAUUCGGAGGCUUGCUCUCUCAAGGAGAGCCUCCCUCUUUCAAAGAUUGUAAAUCCUGUUGCUGUUGAGCCAAUUAGCACAGGUGUUCAAGUGAACUUGGGUAAAAGUCCAUCUAACCCUUUACAAGAACUAGGGAACACAUGUCAGAAGAACAGCAUUUCUUCAAUCAAUGUACAGACAGAACUGUCUUAUACCACACAACACUUUAUACCAUCUGCAGAGUGGGCUAGCCCUGAUUCCUCUGUGUCAUCUUGUUCUCAAACUGAUUUGACAUUUGGUUCUCAAGUUUCCCUUCCCAUUAGUGUUCAUACUCAAACUUUUUUGCCCAGUUCUAAGGUAACCUCAUCUAUAGCAGCUCAGACUGAUGUGUUUAUAGAUGCCAGUUUCCAGUCAGGUGGGAUCUCCAGAGAAACUCAGACCAGUGGAAUGCAAAGUCCAACCGAUGAUCGAGUACAGAUGGACCAAGCUGUAAUGUGUGGAGACAUUUUUGAGAGUGUCCAUUCGUCAUAUGGUGUUUCUACAGACAGUAUUAUAAGCAGCAGCUUAGUAGCAGAGACUGUGACUCAUGGUUUGUUACCUCAGAACCACCCUAAAACUUUAAAUCAAGAUAUUGAGAAAUCUGCACCAAUUAUAAACUUCAGUGCACAGAAUAAUAGUAUACUUUCUUCACAGAAUAUGACAGAUAAUCAGACCCAAACCAUAGAUUUAUUAAGUGAUAUAGAAAACAUCUUGUCAAGUAAUCUGCCCGGUCAGACACUGGACAAUCGUAGUCUUUUGUCUGACACAAAUACUGGACCUGACACCCAGCUCCCAUCUGGCCCAACCCCGAAUCCUGCAAUUGAUUUUGAUAUUGAAGAGUUCUUUUCGGCCUCAAAUAUCCAGACUCAAACUGAAGAGAGUGAGCUUAGCACCAUGACCACGGAGCCAGUCUUGGAAUCCCUGGACAUAGAGACCCAAACUGACUUCUUACUUGCAGAUGCCUGUGCCCAGUCCUACAGCUGUAGGGGAAAUUCUAACUUCUUAGCCCUUGAAAUGUUUGACACGCAGACACAGACGGACCUGAACUUCUUUUUAGACAGUAGCCCUCAUCUGCCUCUGGGAAGUAUUCUGAAACACUCCAGCUUUUCCAUGAGUACUGAUUCAUCUGACACAGAGACCCAAACUGAAGGAAUCUCCACCGCUAAAAACCUACCUGCUCUAGAAAGCAAAGUUCAGUUGAACAGUGCAGAAACACAGACCAUGAAUUCUGGCUUUGAAACUUUGGGGAGCUUAUUCUUCACCAGCAAUGAAACUCAAACAGCAAUGGAUGACUUUCUUCUGGCCGAUUUGGCCUGGAACACGAUGGAAUCUCAGUUCAGCUCUGUUGAAACCCAGACAUGUGCAGAACUACACCCAGUCUCCAGCUUCUGAAAGUGGAAUCCACAUGGGGGAUGGCAUUUACAGUUGGUUCCCUUCUGGAUUUAGAAGAUGGAGAAUGGGGACAACAGUGUUAACUCUAUUGAAUGUACUUGAUGAUACAGUAACUUCGAUUAUCUGAGGUUCUUUGCCUUUUGUACUGUAAACAUGAAAUUUGUGUAAAAAUGUGUGAGUGUAUUAUAAAGUAUAAGAUGUUGAUCU